GGGCAAGGUGGUCACUAAGAAGUUCAGCAACCAGGAGACCAGCGUUGAGAUCGGUGAAAGCGUGAGGGGCGAAGAUGUCUACAUCAUCCAGAGUGGCUGUGGGGAAAUCAACGACAACCUGAUGGAGCUCCUCAUCAUGAUCAAUGCCUGCAAGAUCGCGUCGUCAUCCAGGGUGACCGCCGUGAUCCCUUGUUUUCCGUACGCGCGACAGGAUAAAAAGGACAAGAGUCGUGCUCCGAUUUCCGCGAAACUUGUGGCCAAUAUGCUCUCGGUCGCCGGGGCCGAUCACAUCAUCACCAUGGACCUGCAUGCCUCUCAGAUCCAGGGAUUCUUUGACAUCCCGGUGGAUAAUUUGUACGCGGAGCCCGCGGUCCUGCAGUGGAUUCGGGAGAACAUUGCCGAGUGGAGGAACUGUAUCAUUGUUUCACCUGACGCCGGGGGAGCCAAAAGGGUCACAUCAAUUGCAGACAGGCUGAAUGUGGAAUUUGCCUUGAUUCACAAAGAGAGGAAGAAAGCAAACGAAGUGGACCGGAUGGUUCUGGUGGGCGACGUGAAGGACCGCGUGGCUAUCCUUGUGGACGACAUGGCUGACACGUGUGGUACCAUCUGCCACGCCGCAGACAAGCUGCUCUCAGCCGGAGCCACCAAAGUUUAUGCUAUCCUGACGCAUGGGAUCUUCUCGGGGCCGGCUAUUUCCAGGAUCAAUAAUGCUGCUUUUGAGGCCGUUGUUGUCACAAACACCAUUCCGCAAGAGGACAAGAUGAGACACUGUCCCAAGAUUCAGGUUAUUGAUAUCUCGAUGAUCUUGGCAGAGGCGAUCCGAAGAACACACAACGGUGAAUCUGUGUCCUACCUGUUCAGCCACGUGCCGCUCUAGACCCCGGAUGGGGAGUGUGGGGCCAGCCUGCUCUGACUGCUCGCUUGUGUGCGCUCACCUGACUUCUUAGUUUUAGGACUCAGCGAUUCUAGGAUAAUGCAAAAGCAUCCGAUCUUUGUAUCCUCCAAGAUGCAUUGUUUCCCCCUUCUCAAGCUCAAGACCAUUUAUUUCCAGUUUUGGGGGGGAGGGUGGUGGUUAUUUGAUCUUUGUAAGUGAACUGUUGUUAAUGAGAUAUGUUUCGUCACCCUGACUUGUUCUGACAGGUAUGGAAUUGUACUGCGGAAGUUCAUAGAUUCUAUGUUUCAAGGUUGCCAAAGGUGACUUCAGAUUAAAGCCUUCUGUGUAAAUAAUGAUAAUGCCUAUGGACAUUUGGGUAAAACCCUGUAUACAGAAUUAGCCUUUUACUUCCGAGUGAACCUUAGAAAAUUUACAAUACCCUGAAUCUGGUUUUAUUUUACUUUUUUCUUUUUAGUAACCAGGAUUCAAAUAAACCAUUGUGGUUUUUGUGCUUAAUUUGACCAAAUUUUAUGCAGCCUAAGAUGGCCACUGACACAGUUACUUUCUGAUAAACAUGACCUAUCAGAGGCAAUCAGGAUUUUUUUUUUAUUGUCACUUCUGAAAAACACAUAACUGUAUCACUUACCUGAAAUGUCAUGUUCUAAAAUUCCAAAAUGAUGUUCAGCAAUAGAUCUGAUUGAGGAAGUGUCGAGAUAGACCCUGCAGGGUCACUGGGGCCACUCAUGCUCCUCCUGUCCCGCCAUCUUGUUUUAUGGCCUCUCGUUAGCUCUCGCUUUUACUUGGCCUUUUUUCCAAUAAUUUCAUGUUGUGGGUUUCCACCAAAACAAAGACUCCCCUAAGUCCCCUCAGAUUUACUAGUCUGUUCAUUGUUUCUGACAUAAUAAAAAGGGGAAUUUUUGUGGGUACCACCAAAUGCAUAUUUAAACAUUACGUCCUUUGUUUUAAUAUUCUUUUGCCUUUUGUAAUCAGAAGUAGCAAGUCUAUUAGACUACUGAUGAUUUUAACUAAAACUGUUACAUGAAGAAUGUGGGUAAGCAAGGCCUACAGAGAAAGUACAAAUAAGUAAGCCUUCAUUGUUUUGUGAAGAUAACGUUCAAAUGGUGGCCCAAGAGCGAUCGUGGAGGCAGAGCUUGCUUUAUCCACACACGGCCCUCGACAGCAUCCUCCUCGGUGAGGUGCCUCCGGGCCUGUGGCAGAAGGCAAGCAUCGAGUCCCUGUGAGUUUUGCUGUAUGCACACGGGUGCAUAACCGAGUGAAUUCUUCAGCCCCGAAAGAAGAGAAUUUGCCUGCGUAGACAGAGCCUGGGAAUAGUAACAGUCCCUCCCUUCUGCUGAAUCUCAAAACUUGGGAAAUUGUCUGAUCUAAAUUUUGCAGGUGGCAAAACCAAAUCUUUAAGUCGUUAACAAGCUUGAACCGCAAUCUUUAAGGUUUCCAGCUUCACUACAGCAGAGGCUGAAGUUAAAAAGUACCGUUUGGGUCAUUGCAGAGACUAGCAUUUUCCUGUUCCUUAAAAUGGUUUUUGAGAAAGACAAUGGUAUUGUAGCCCGGUAGAGUCAGCUGUGCGAUAUGGAUUGACUCUAUCUAGGAAGAGUUGACUUGAGAUAAUGUAAAGAGCCUACUUAGAUGUAUGUAAUUUUUAGUUUUGAUAAAUGAGGGGUAUCUAUUUCUUGGGAUUUCAGUGCAUAGACCAAUGAAAAUGUAGUUACAAACACGCACGGGUGGACAGCCUUGGCUUACAAGUGUAGACACCUUGACAUGACUGAAAAAAGUUGAUUUGAAUGUAUCAUUUCCUCUUAAGAUGGAGUCUGAGAGAGCUAGUUUCAAAAUAAUCUUCAGAUAAAAAUUUGCAUUAUCAUUAUUGACUUAACAACUGAUUCUCUUUUAGCCUCACUUUCUGUUUUCAAGUGUUCUGAUAUGUUAACUAAUUUGACUAGACUUAGCCAUACAACAGUGGCAGUGUGGACCUCAACUGUGUGAUGGUUUCAGUUCAAGGAAGAUGAAGGUGGCCUCAGAAGCGGCCCGAUCCCAGAACUUGCGGAGUCCGUGCUGCUUGCGUGCAAACAUUAAGCGAAACCACCAAAUGUCUCAUUUCUGUCCAGCUGUGCUGAAUGGGGGCCGGACUCACGUGUAUCUAGCUGAAAAGGAAAGGCACAGAAAUACAUAUACACCAAAGCUGCUCAUCCUCCAACUGAAAGCGUAUUAAGCAACUUGCAGAUACUCCUGUUAGAACCUGCCUUUGUUUAGGUGCCCACUAGAUUCGGGAAUGUAUCAUUUGCAGUGCUUGUAUUGGUUUAGAAUAUAGGAUUUUAAGAUCGUCCAACACUGUACUAAAACAUUUCAAUAAAAUCAUGCUACUUCUUUCU